GUCAUGUUAGUCCUCCUCUUACCAUCGGAACCCCAACUCAAGAGUGCCCUUUGUAAAUCCACCCUGAGCGAGGAAUAGAUAGAGUGGGAGAGAGAUCCCUGCAAUCCAAGCUAAUAUUGGUUCUGAGAAAACCAAGAAAAUCGAAUAUCAACAAGAGUUUCUGCAUUUGUGGCAGCACCAACUAACCAGAUUUGCCGUAGAAAGCCUUCCUUUGAUUUUUUCUUUCUUCAUAUAUUUUCGAAGAGAAUCCGAGCUAUUUUUUGGAUGCCUAAAGAGUGAGUGAGAUAGAGAGAGGGAGAUGCCGCCGAAGCAGCAGUCGAAAGCAGAGUUAGCCAAGAAGCAGAAGGUCGUCGAGGACAAGACCUUCGGGCUUAAGAACAAGAAUAAGAGCAAGAAUGUCCAGAAGUAUGUCCAGUCGCUGCAGCAGUCCGUGCAGCCGAAGCCUGACGCCUCUAAAGUUGCUGCAAAGAAAAAGAAAGAGGAGGAGAAGGCGAGAGAGAAAGAGCUGAAUGAUCUCUUCAAGAUUGCUGUGAGUCAGCCCAAGGUUCCUGUUGGGGUCGAUCCCAAGUCCAUAUUGUGCGAGUUUUUUAAAGCUGGCCAGUGCACAAAGGGUUUCAAGUGCAAGUUCUCGCAUGAUUUGAAUGUCCAACGAAAAGGAGAGAAGAUCGACAUUUACAGCGAUAAGCGCGAUGAAGAAACGAUGGAGGACUGGGACCAGGAGACAUUGGAGAAGGUCGUGGAGUCGAAGAAGAAAGAGUAUAACCAAAAUAAGCCAACAGAUAUCGUCUGCAAAUACUUCCUUGAAGCAGUUGAAAAGAAGCAGUAUGGUUGGUUCUGGGUUUGUCCGAAUGGUGGUAAAGAUUGCCAUUAUAGGCAUGCUCUUCCUCCUGGAUAUGUGUUGAAAUCUCAGAUGAAGGCUUUAUUGGAAGAAGAGUCUGAGAAGAUAUCAGUAGAAGAAGAGAUUGAAAACCAGCGUGCAACAUUAACUACCUCUACACCACUUACACCGGACCUGUUCAUGCAAUGGAAAAAGAAAAAGAUGGAGGAACGGGAAGCUGGGCUUGCUGCCUUGCGAGCAGAGAGAGCUAAAAAUGAUCGUAUGAGUGGUCGUGAACUGUUUCUGGCAGAUGCUAGCAUCUUUGUGGAUGACGCUGAGGCUUAUGAGAUGUAUCAGAGAGAAGAACCUAAUGAAGUUGAAGAGUCGGUCAAGAACGGUACAUCCGAAGAGGGACCAAGUACAUCAUCAACUGCUGAUGGGGAUGAUGUGCUUCCUGAAGAUGAUGAUGAUGAACUGGAUAUGGAUGAGCUAAAUGAACUUGAAGCCAGCCUUGCAAAAACUUCAAUACAGAUUCGUGAACCAGGCAGAGAAGAAUCGACUUAAUUCUGCUUGUGGCAGCAGUCCUUUGUCUUCAACAAGAUGAAAAUGUGAGGCAUCUUUGUCGGUGAUCAUGACCUUAUUGCGUUCUCUUGGAUAUAUCACUUGGUCGGAUAUAUCACUUGGUCAUAAAUCUUGUUGGGGUCAACAAUUUUUGGUGAACUGUUCCUACUAUGUUGGGCAUCUUCUGUAGGCUGACCAGUGAUCAGUGUUGUGGUAAAAUCACUAAUAAGUGCAUGUGGAUGCUCUUGUUAGACUGGUACCAGAGUGCAGCUUUUCGUUGAACCCUGAUCUCGUCACUGUCUAAAGUAACUUCCUCUUGUGCGGAUUUUUCCUUGGGUGUUUUUGUGUGCAGGAGAAAUUUCUCAGAAAAAUUUGGGAAAAUUAUCUCUGCGAGAAGUUGUACCUGCUGAGGUCGAGCUAUUUUUUCCUCUUUAAGUUGUGUCGGAUCAUAUGAUUCCUGGAUCCUUUGAGUAGGUUUUCUAAGGUUGGGUUAUUGGCAAUGCUAAUGCCAUUAUUUUUAAA